UCAAUCUAGUAAAAUCAAUGGUGGACAAAGAUAAAAAUAACUUUCGAAAGUAAAUAACGUUGAACAAAUUGAAAUGAAAUCUCGUACAUGUAAUACUUUCAUUACGAUGGGUGGCUUCGACCGGUUUACUGUUACAUUACGUACACUGCACGAGCGUCGACUCGCACACUUUAGAAGAUGAAUACCGAAUCAAAAUAUUGUUUCUCGACAUGAGAUUAAAACUCGAAAAACAAGGUUGUCGUUAUCGCAAGGCAUCCGCCGGCGGCGAUAACGGUGACGCGGCCGAGCACCUGCACCUGCAGUGUGUGCCGAGAGCUGCGCGUGUGUGGCUGAGCGCGCCAUGCCGACCGCCGGUGAGCCCGGCGCCCGCCCUGACGCGCGUGACCACAGAGCUGCAGCCGACGCCGACGAGCCGGGAGAAGCUCCUCGCGCUCUCAACGACGCACAGCACGCGACGCCGCACAGUCACGAUGGGAACACGAGGAUUAACUCAACGGAAAGUGGAAGUUGCACUACAAGCUUUAACGUAGAUAACGAAGCUGAAAACGAAAUACCAUCCGAUUUAGGAAGAAAAAGAUCUGCAAACAGCAAAGACUGGACCGCUUCAAGCGAUGGGGACAAGGACGGUACAGACAGGAUAUAUAAAGACUCGGGCGAGGCGCUGGAGCUGGCACUGCUGCAGCUGGGGCCGUUCGGGCUGUACCAGCGCUACGUGCUGUUUCUGCUGCUGGUGCCGAACGUGCUGGCCGCCAUGCACUCGCUCAACUACGUGUUCGUCGCCGACCAGGUGCCGUUCCGAUGCGUGGUGCCCGAGUGCGAGGGCGCGGGCAGCAGCUUCGCCAACGCGACGCUGACGUCACUGCUGCCACCCGACCGCUGCCGCCGCUACGAGCCGCUGCCGCCGGGCGGCACCACCUGCGAGCGCGACCGCUUCCACCACAACCGCACCGUGCCCUGCGAGCGCUUCCUCUACGAGACCAUGGACACCAUAUACGCAGAGUUCGGGCUGGCGUGCAGCGAGUGGCGGCGCACGCUGGUGGGCACGCUGCGCAACGCCGCGCUGCCGCUCGCGCUGCUGCUCACCGGAUACAUCUCCGACGGGUACGCGAACGGCCAACUGUUGUGUGUAUGUCAGUUCGGGCUGGCGUGCAGCGAGUGGCGGCGCACGCUGGUGGGCACGCUGCGCAACGCCGCGCUGCCGCUCGCGCUGCUGCUCACCGGAUACAUCUCCGACGGGUACGCGAACGGCCAACUGUUGUGUGUAUGUCAGUUCGGGCUGGCGUGCAGCGAGUGGCGGCGCACGCUGGUGGGCACGCUGCUGCUCACCGGAUACAUCUCCGACGGGUACGCGAACGGCCAACUGUUGUGUGUAUGUCAGUUCGGGCUGGCGUGCAGCGAGUGGCGGCGCACGCUGGUGGGCACGCUGCGCAACGCCGCGCUGCCGCUCGCGCUGCUGCUCACCGGAUACAUCUCCGACGGCUGGGGCCGGCGCACGGCGCUGUGCGCGCUGGCGGCGUGCGCGGGCGCGCUGGGCGUGCUGAAGUCGUUCAUGCCGAACUACCGCGCCUACGUCGCGCUGGAGUUCCUGGAGGCCGCGCUGGGGUACGGCUUCAACAGCGCCGCUUACGUCAUGAUGGUGGAGCUGGCGCGGCCGUCGCUGCGGGUGGCCUUCGCGGCGGCCACCGGCGUGGGCUACGGGCUGGGCGGCGUGCUGUUCGCGCUGCUGGCCCGCCGCGUGCGCCGCUGGCGCCGCCUGCUGCGCGCCGUGUACGCGCCCGCGCUGCUGCUGCCGCUGUACGGGCUGCUGCUGCACGAGAGCGCGCGCUGGCUGCACGUCCGCGGCCAGCGGCGCCGCGCCGCGCGCAACGUGCGCCAGGCGGCGCGCUGGAACAAAGUCACCAUCGACGAAGAUCUGUUGAAGGCGAUCUGUGAAGACGAGCGAGCGGACGACGCGCCGACGCAAGGGAACCCCUGGCUGAGCUUGCUCCGCUCGCGGGCGCUGAUGCUGCGCCUCGCUCUGUGCGGCUGGUGCUGGGCCGCGGUGUCGUUCGUGUACUACGGGCUCACCAUCAACUCGGUGGCGCUGUCCGGCGACAAGUACACCAACUUCGCGCUCAACAUGGCGAUGGAGAUCGUGGCGUCGCUGCUCAUCAUGAUGGCGCUGGAGCGCUUCGGCCGCCGCCGCAGCAUCUUCGUCGCGUUCCUCGUGUGCGGGCUCGCCUGCAUCGUGCCCUACUUCGUCGCGCACAGCGGCGCGGGGCUGGGCAUGUUCUUCGUGGGCAAGCUGGCGAUCACGUUCGCCUUCAACUCGCUGUACGUGUUCACGGCCGAGCUGUUCCCCACGGACGCGCGCUCGUCGGCGCUGGCCGCCGCGUCGCUGCUGGGCCGCCUCGGCUCCGUGCUGGCGCCGCAGACGCCGCUGCUGAGCGUGUACGUGCAGGCGCUGCUGUACGGCGGCUGCUCGGCGUCGGCGGCGCUGCUGGUGCUGCUCGCGCCGGAGACGCGCCGCGCCGCGCUGCCGCAGUGCGCGCCGCACGCGGAGAGCCUGCGCGCGCCUGCAGCGACGCGCACCGCCCUGUAGCGGCGCGCUCCUGCUGGUCGUAGCCGUGCUGCCCCAGCGCUGCUGGUGCUGCCGCCAGCUCUGCUCGUCACGUUGAUCACAAGCGACUCAGACUCGCACGCGACUCCUGCAACGGGUCAAUUAUCGGAAAAAUUAAAAUGCUACUGCGCAGCAAAUUUGCUAUCAUAUAAGAACGAAUGCGCGUUUUCUUUAUUUUAUAUAGUCUUUAUUUUCCAUAAUUUCCAUACGUACCUAUCUGUGAUAUUGUAUUGUUUUUUUAAGUUGACUUGUUUAUAAGUUAGCAGAACCCCGCGUUUUCACCCCCCCUUAUAGUUUCCAUUCCCGAAGGAAUAAGAGAAUAUAAUAUCGCAAAAGCCAUGGAUUUUUUCAAGACAAAAAGUAGUAUAUAUGGUAAUCCAAGGUAUUACCUAUCUUUGCUUUAAAUUUCAGCCGGAACCGGUUAAGUAGUUGCGGCGUUAAACAGUAACAAACAUCCAAACAUCCAUACGAACUUUCUAACUCUCACAUUCCCUGUUAUACUACAGAAUACAUACCUAAGUGUAAGGAUAGGAUCAAAUUAUUAAAAUUUUUGAUAUUUGUUUACAUUAUCUACUUUUACUUACCCACGUUGUCUUUAUCCGACGUCCUGGUUGAGGUGAGUAAUACUGAAGUUUUUUUCUGGUUGCAUACGUAUACCCACCGAAGUUUAAGGGCUCAUAUUUGUUGGAGGUACUCAACAACAUGCAUAAUAUCUUAUUAUCAUUUGCCGCGUUCGAGUAAAUCGGAAAAUCCCUCUCGUUGGCUCCCCUACUAAUACAUAUAUACUAGUAAAUGAAGUCAGUACGCAUAGGUAAUCUAUUGUUAAGUAGAUACAGGACAAAGAUCUCGCGGGAUGCACGACGGAACUAGGUUCGAACCCGACACCUCGACUUGGCAGCAUUGCAGCAGAAAUCUCAACAUACUGUGGUGUUCAAGAAGUGCUAAUAAUAACACUAGUACUUAUGUAAUAUACCUAGUUCGUCGAGGGAGGUUCUUAGGUUUACGGAAUAAAACAUUUCAUACUUG